GGCGGGGCGCACUGCCUGCAGAGCACCCUUCGCGACGCUGGCUCCUGGCCGCCUAGCCAUGGACGACGAGGACUCGAACAACAAAGUCUCCCUCCGAAUGUUCCUGGAGCACCUCUCCGGGGCUGGCAAGGCCAUCGGAGUACUGACCAGCGGCGGGGAUGCCCAGGGUAUGAACGCCGCUGUCCGCGCUGUCGUGCGCAUGGGAAUAUACGUGGGGGCCAAAGUGUACUUCAUCUAUGAGGGUUACCAAGGCAUGGUUGACGGUGGCCGUAAUAUUGUGGAGGCCAACUGGGAAAGCGUCUCGAGCAUUCUGCAAGUGGGAGGGACCAUUAUUGGCAGUGCCCGGUGCAAAGCCUUCCGGACUCGAGAAGGUCGCUUGAAGGCUGCUCACAACCUGGUUCAGCAGGGCAUCACCAACCUGUGUGUCAUUGGCGGGGACGGAAGCCUCACGGGGGCCAACAUCUUCCGGAAGGAGUGGAAUGGGCUGCUGGAGGAGUUGGCCCAAGACGGCAAGAUCAGCAAAGAGGAGGUAGAGAAGCACGGCUACCUCAACGUCGUGGGCAUGGUGGGCUCCAUCGACAAUGACUUCUGUGGGACUGACAUGACCAUUGGCACCGACUCUGCCUUGCACAGGAUUAUUGAGGUUGUGGAUGCCAUCAUGACCACUGCCCAGAGCCACCAGAGGACAUUUGUUCUCGAGGUCAUGGGGAGACACUGUGGGUACCUCGCCCUGGUGAGUGCCUUGGCUUGCGGGGCAGACUGGGUGUUCCUUCCAGAGUCACCCCCAGAAGAAGGCUGGGAGGAGCACAUGUGCGUCAAGCUCUCAGAGAACCGUGCCCGAAAAAAAAGACUGAAUAUUAUCAUUGUGGCUGAAGGAGCGAUUGAUACCCAAAAUAGACCCAUUACCUCAGAGCACAUCAAGGAGCUUGUGGUCAAGCAGCUAGGGUUCGACACGCGAGUGACCAUACUUGGACAUGUGCAGCGAGGCGGGACCCCUUCAGCCUUUGACAGGAUUUUGGGCAGUCGCAUGGGCGUGGAGGCUGUGGUCGCCCUUCUCCAGGCCACCCCGGAGACCCCCGCCUGCGUGGUGUCGCUAAGUGGGAACCAGGCCGUGCGCCUGCCCCUGAUGGAGUGCGUGCGGAUGACCCAGGAUGUACAAAAGGCGAUGGAUGAGAGGAGAUUUAAGGAUGCUGUGCAGCUCCGAGGAAGGAGCUUUGAGGGCAAUCUGAAAACCUACAAGCGACUUGCCAUCAAGUUGCCAGAUUCUCAGAUCCCAAAGAGCAACUGUAACGUUGCUGUCAUAAAUGUGGGUGCUCCCGCCGCCGGGAUGAACGCAGCGGUGCGCUCGGCAGUGCGCAUGGGCAUUGCGGAUGGACACAAGAUGUUCGCCGUCUAUGAUGGCUUCGAGGGCUUUGCCAAAGGUCAGAUCAAAGAGAUCGGCUGGUCAGAUGUCGGAGGCUGGACUGGCCAAGGAGGCUCCAUCCUUGGGACAAAGCGUACACUGCCUGGAAAGUAUCUGGAGGCGAUCGCAGCACAGAUCCGCACCCACAACAUCAAUGCGCUCUUGAUCAUCGGAGGAUUUGAGGCCUACCUGGGAUUGCUAGAGCUAUCAGCUGCCCGGGAGCAACACAGGGAGCUCUGUGUGCCCAUGGUCAUGGUCCCCGCCACCGUCUCCAACAACGUGCCGGGCUCUGAUUUCAGCAUCGGUGCAGACACGGCCCUGAACACCAUCACCGACACCUGUGACCGCAUCAAACAGUCGGCCAGUGGGACCAAGCGCCGUGUAUUCAUCAUCGAGACCAUGGGGGGCUACUGUGGCUACCUGGCUAACAUGGGAGGCCUUGCUGCGGGAGCCGAUGCCGCCUACAUUUUUGAGGAGCCCUUUGAUAUCAGAGACCUGCAGUCCAACGUGGAGCACCUGACACAGAAGAUGAAGACCACCAUCCAGCGGGGGCUGGUGCUCAGAAAUGAGAGCUGCAGUGAAAACUACACGACCGACUUCAUUUACCAGCUCUAUUCGGAAGAAGGAAAGGGCGUGUUCGACUGCAGGAAGAACGUGCUGGGCCACAUGCAGCAGGGCGGAGCACCUUCUCCAUUUGAUAGAAACUUUGGAACCAAAAUUUCUGCCAGAGCCAUGCAGUGGAUCACUGAGAAACUGAAGGCAUCUCAGGGCAAAGGAAAAUUUGUAACAGAUGACUCCAUCUGUGUGCUGGGAAUAAACAAAAGAAAAGUUCUUUUCCAACCUGUGGUAGAGCUAAAGAAGCAUACAGAUUUUGAGCACAGAAUCCCCAAAGAGCAGUGGUGGCUGAAACUGCGACCGCUCAUGAAGAUCUUGGCCAAGUACAAGGCCAGCUAUGAGGUGUCUGACUCUGGUGAGCUGCUGGACGUGCACAGUGGCCACGAAGAGCAGGCUGCCAUCUAGACGCAUGGGACCUGCCUGUCUACCAGUGAUGCUUCCCACUUCCUGUCUCUCACCCGUUUUUGUAACAGUUAAGUUAUUUAUCAGGACUUUAUGUGAUGUACUGUUGACAUUAAUACUAAUUACAGCAUACCCGCUACCUGUGCCCUUCACCUGUGGAUCCUAAAGAGACCCAAGAGUUGUCUGCUGGACCUUCCACCCCUCAUCCUGCUUUAAAUGUACACCCAGUGGAAUUAAACACUUGGCUAAAACUCA